CAAGCGUCCCGACUGGGGGGCGGGGCCGAGUGGCGCCGCGGUGCGCAGGCGCAGCCGUCGGUGGGUCGGGGUUCGGCCGCUUGAGAGAAAAUGUUUGCUGAUCACUGAAAUAAACCAUUGCAUGUACAGCACUUAGUGCAGUGCCUGGAACGUCCUCAGCAUUUGUCACCUGAGGCUUAUAAAUCAGUCUUGACUGGAAGGAUCCUGAAAACCCCUGGGUGUCAUCUCUUCCCAUCUCAAGAUGGAUAACAAGAAGCGCCUCGCCUAUGCCAUCAUCCGCUUCCUGCAUGACCAGCUGCGGCACGGGGGGCUCUUGUCGGACGCCCAGGAGAGUUUGGAAGUUGCAAUCCAGUGCCUGGAGACCGCCUUCGGGGUGACGUUGGAAGACAGCAACCUCGCACUCACUCAGACUCUUCCAGAAAUAUUUGAAGCUGCCGCGGGCAAGGAGAUGCCGCAGAACCGGAGGAGUCCUGAGGUAACCCCGCCUUCGGAGGAGGACUCGGCCGAGGCAGAGCGCCUCAAAACCGAAGGAAACGAACAAAUGAAAGUCGAGAACUUUGAGGCUGCCGUGCACUUCUAUGGGAAAGCUAUCGAGCUCAAUCCCGCAAACGCCGUCUAUUUCUGUAACAGAGCCGCCGCCUACAGCAAACUGGGGAAUUACGCGGGGGCCGUGCAGGACUGCGAGCGGGCCAUCUGCAUAGACCCAUCCUACAGCAAAGCAUAUGGGAGGAUGGGCCUGGCGCUCUCCAGUUUGAACAAGCACGCGGAGGCCGUGGCCUACUAUAAGAAGGCCCUGGAGCUGGACCCCGACAACGAAACAUACAAAUCCAACCUCAAGAUCGCGGAGCUGAAGCUGAGAGAGGCACCCAGUCCCACAGGAGGGCUCGGCAGCAUCGACAUCGCGGGCCUGCUGAACAACCCAGGCUUCAUGAGCAUGGCAUCAAACCUGAUGAACAGCCCCCAGCUUCAGCAGCUCAUGUCCGGGGUGAUUUCCGGCAGCCACAACCCCCUGGGGACUCCUGGCACCAACCCCUCACAGAAUGACCUGGCCAGUCUCAUCCAGGCGGGCCAGCAGUUCGCGCAGCAGAUGCAGCAGCAGAACCCAGAGUUAAUUGAACAGCUUCGAAAUCAGAUCCGAAGUCAGACACCCAGUGCCAGCAACGAUGACCAGCAGGAAUGACCGCUCACCCAUUCCAGUGCCGUCGGGUUCUUCCCAGCUGACUGGAGCCUCCACACAUUCUGCCGUUUUCUCCCAUUGGAUUGCCAGAGAGGGAAAAAGAAAAAGAAAUUGGACCUGCAUGAGAUGGAUUUUUAUGCUUUUUAUUUUUUCCUUUCACCCUCACCUCCCUUUUUGUACUCCCUUAUGGCUCCCAGAUCCUUCUCGAAACAGAGCCAGCAAGCUGUGAACGCAGACCAGCACCAAUCUCCAAAACACCCAGUCACUAAAGUAUUUUCUAGAAUAUUCCGAAGUGGGAAUGGUCCUCGGGGGUGUUCUCCGAGAAGUUACCGGUUUUACGUCCAGCUACGUACGAAGCCUGAAGCCUCUUUUCGAGUCAACCUUGUCUGCUUGGACGAGCUCACUGCCAGCCACAGUCUGGGCACCAGUGUCCACCGGACCCUCAGACCACAGGUUUUUGCAUGAGGAACUUUGGUUGCAGAUUCCUAAAGACAUUUUCAUUUCCCUGUGCCUGUCGGGAACGGGACUGUCUUGGGGUGCCUAGGGCCAGCUUUGGGGACAAUCGAGCAUUUUUAUAGAUGUGCUUUUCACCCCUUUUGAUCCUCCUUCUCCAGUACUCACACCCGACAGAUCACAAGGCGGGUGAUCAUGACCCUGGGGCCUGGCCCCCAAGCCGUCCCAACCUGCCUGUGUGUUCUGGCCCACGGACUCCCAGUGGGCUCCUCCUCCUGUUCUGGGGCCACUGUGCCCCCCUCCUCAGCCUGCAAUUGCCAAGCAGGCAGCCAGGGAUGGGUAGCCCGCCUAAGAUGCAAGGCCGCCAUGGACAUCCCUGCGUCCCCUGCUUGGGCAGGGUCUCAGGGUGAAGUGCUGAGACCCUGUGCCGGCAGCAGUGCUGGAGGCUCCCUGGUGGUUUGCAAAGUUGACUCAGUGCCGUGUGUCAUAGGAAACUAGUAGGAAAAAGGCACACCACCCGCCACUGCAGUCAUCACUUGGAUGGCAAGGUGGCCCUAACUCUUGAGUGCUAGCCAUGGUGACAAGAGUAAUGUGUGGGAAUAAAUAGACAUUGUGACCUC